UUUGCAUGACACCGAGUUGUUAACAGCGACAUCUGGUGUUAGCGUGGGUUUUACACCCCUGUCGUCUGCUGGACAGUCGAAUCAUGCAGGUGAUGUGUGAUUGUUUUCAAGACAUGUUUACGCAUUUCAAGUUGCGCGAAGUUGACAAGAUAUAGAAAACUGAAAUAAAAAGGCAAACUAUUAUUAUUAAACAUAAAUAUGGACUGUAUAUGCAGAAAAGAUAGUCUAGAAUCCUAUCCUAAGCUACUGGUAUCUCGGGUGCUGGUAACAUUCGUUUUUCAGUUACAGAGGUAAUUAUGGUUCCAAGCAAGCAUCGAUGGUCUGGAUCAUACUACUGCAUCCCUGGGUGCACAAGUUCAUCUGGGAAUGGUGACCAUCUGUAUCAUGUCCCGGAUGGUAAGAAGAGGAAAUUUGGAAUGCCUUCAAAAGAAUGGACACAGAAGUUUCAUCAGGUAUAGCCAUACAAAUCGUGGUUUUGCUGCUUUGGAGGGGUUUAUUCUAAAUUCAAACAAGUGGUUUGAUUGCAUGAACUCAGGAUUCCAGAAUAAAAAUGCUGAACCAUCUCGCCAACCUUUUUACAACAUCUAUGAUAAAAGAUUAGAAUGGCUUGAAAAAGAUUUUCUAAAAUAUCUGGAUGAUUGGGAAGAAAAGGCAUACGCAUACAGUCGUCCAUUAGUGGGAGAAGUUGAUCGCCAGAAAAUGCUGCUCAGUGAUGCCACUAGAAAUGCUUGAAAAUGGCAUCUGUUUCUUUGGCUGCGAGUGUUCAUAUUGUUUUGGACAGUGGUGAGAGCUAUGUUUUACCACGGCGCACAAACCAAGACCCUUUAGAGAGCAGCGUUUCCCAACCUUUUUUGGUCGCGGACUAUUUUCUCACAGGGGGAAAACCUUUGCGGACUCAAGGUGCGUUUAUUGCAACCGUAGUCUGUGUGAAGAAGCAAUAAAAUCAAACACAACAAAAUUUUAACGAAUUUCAAAAUCGGAAAUUCGCCGCAAUUACGCGUUCGUUAAAAGAGCCGAAUAUUUUAUUGUAUGAUGGCCUUUUUUGUCGCACAAUAGUCAAUUCAUGACAACCACAAGUAUUUAAAAUGUCUUUCAAUUUUAACUUAAUUGUGUUCAUGGUAACUCGACGUUGCGUCGACUUACGACAAGAUGAAAGCAUUACUUCUUAAAAAUGGCACGGCAGUCUGCGAACAUUAUAAUGGGAGAUUAUAUUGAUUGCCCGAUUAUAUUUAGUUUGGAUACAUAUUUUUUGCGAUCUUGCGAAUUUAGUAUUGUCGUUAGAAAAAUCCUACUAUCUGCUAUAAAUUUCGUCGGAAAUCCGCAAGUGAGUUGUGAAAUCCGAUCGUUUGAUUAGGCGACCUGUCGCGUCACCUGUUACCAAAUUUUUGAAUAGUAAAUUGCUAUAGGACCAGCCCUAUUCAAUAACACGUAAUUAUUGAUUUGAUUAAUAUUAUGUGAAUAAACUUGCUUUUUAUGUUUCUUAUAAAUUCUACGUAAAUCGUAACUUGGCUGAUAGUAAAGUUUCGCAAAAAGGUUUGCGGCCCGCAGUGAGUUUCUGGCUCGUUGCGGACCG